UUUAAUAAGAAGCGAAUCCUACAGGCUAGAGACUAGUUGCUGCUACAAAUACCGUGUCCGCGUCACUGACUGAAACUAAACUCUAUCACGCACAAUUACAAUUACUCAUUGUGUCCCUCUUUCUCUCGCGCUCUCACUUAACCAAAAACCACGAGAAGAGGAACAAGAUGCAGAUCUUCGUCAAGACUUUGACCGGAAAGACUAUCACUCUCGAGGUUGAGAGUAGCGACACCAUCGAUAACGUCAAGGCCAAGAUCCAGGACAAGGAAGGUAUCCCUCCUGACCAGCAGAGGUUGAUUUUUGCUGGUAAGCAGCUGGAAGAUGGUCGCACUCUUGCAGAUUAUAACAUACAAAAGGAAUCAACACUUCACUUGGUGUUGAGGCUCAGAGGAGGAACCAUGAUUAAAGUGAAGACUCUAACUGGAAAAGAAAUUGAAAUUGACAUUGAGCCAACCGAUACAAUUGAUCGUAUCAAGGAACGCGUUGAAGAAAAAGAGGGAAUUCCACCUGUGCAGCAGAGGCUCAUAUAUGCUGGUAAGCAGCUUGCUGAUGACAAAACAGCUAAAGAGUACAACAUUGAGGGUGGUUCUGUGCUUCACUUGGUGCUUGCAUUGAGGGGUGGUACUUAUUAAGGUUGAAUGCACAUCGGAUCUAAGAUAUUAGCUUGUUCAGGCUUGGUCAAUUUCUAGUUCUUGGUAAAUGUUUGAAUCGCUUUUGAACCUAAAGACAUGAAAGGAAGCUCUAUACCCGUCCGUUUCUGAGGACAUGAUUGUUCUUUAAUGUGCUUGGUUUUUGUAAUUUCAAGGCCGUUAUUGGUGGUCGGUAUCACUACAUUGUAUGCUUUUAAACCCAAAAGUUGGCAUCUUAAUGAAUCUCUAAAGUAAUAAUUAAUUAUCACAAAGGUGAAAGUUUGAUUUUA